AUGGAAGAAGAAAUCAUCACAUUGAGCAGCGAUGAAGAAAUGGAAGAAGAAGCUGAAGACGAGCAAAAUGUCUAUGAAAUGGAGCAAAUUUGCGAUGUCCGAUAUAUUAAUAAGCAGCUUCAAUUCAAAAUAGCUUGGGUUUCUUCAAUCGAAACAACUUGGGAACCAGAAUCGAGUUUCAUAGGACCUGAGAGCAUUCAAAUGCUUGAACAAUUCAAAAAUGCGAAUAAAGCAAGGAUCGAUGCAUUUAUAGCUGGUCCAGAAAAACGAAAAAGGAAAACAGUGGUUGAAGUGGAAAAUGAAGAGGAAGAAGAAGAUGAAAGUAAUGAAUCGGGAAGUACAGAAGAGGUAAGAGUUCGGUGAAAAAUUUUCAAAUAUUUGAAAAGUAAACAGGAUUCACUUUUGGCGCCAAGAGAAUUAACUGAAGAGGAUAAUUUUUAUGGUAGACCUGUGAAAGAAUUACAAGGAGAAAGCAAACGAUUAUUUGAUCCUACACACAGACAAACUACAACUGAUUUGGUAACUUACCAUUUUUCUUCGCUUUUUGUGUUUGUGUUCCUUAAUCAGCUAACACCUUUUCUGUAAAAUGCACGGGCGAAAAAUAUUUUUUUUUCGAAAUGAAUGACACGUGGCGUGGAAAAUGUCCUUUUUUCGCAUGUAAAAACUGAACUUAUUUAGCGAUACUGAUGUUUGAAUUUCAGCUUUUGGCAAAUAUCAGUGGAAAUGGAAGAAUUUCGAGAAGCAAAGCGGCCGAAUUGAAGAAAACCGCGAGUGAUUAUGGAAGUGGAGGAGAAAGUCGAUCACAAACACCAUCGAAACUUGAGAUUGUUCCUCCGCCGCCAAUUUUAGAAGUGGAAGAAACAAAACAAGUGAAACAGAAAACACCUCCAAAGAAAAGAGGAAGAAAAAAGAAAGAAGAAACUGUAAUUCCUGUUGAACCGCCAAAGAAACCUAGAAUUCCGAAAAAGAAACCAGAAAAAGAAAAAGUCACGCGAGAUCUCGAUGUUUUUGAUGCGGAAGAUGAACCAACAGUUUCAAGGAAACGUGUUAUGAUUGAUGAAGAUGAAGAUGAUGAAAUCACCAGGCAACGAUCAGAAUCUCCAACAACUCAAAAACCAAAAUAUUAUGCAAAUCGAAACGAUGAUGAAGAUGAAUCUGAAGUAUUAUGGGAAUUGAAAAUAAUGAAAGUCAGCAAAGCAGAUCCCGAGAAAAAUAUCAAAAAUAUCAUUGAAAAUAUGGAUUGCAAAAAAGGCAGACUGAUCGAUGCAAUUUUACGAGAAGAUUUGAUGUCUGCGAGAAUGAUAAGUAGAAAAAUGAGUAUUCCUGAGAUUCAUGAUGUGGUUCUUCAUUGGAAAGAUCAAUAUGGAAAACCGCUUUUGCACACAGUAAGUUUCUAUUGCUGUGAGUGAAAUAAUUAUUUAAAUUUGAAAAAUUUCAGUUGAUCAAUUCGUCAAGACCGAAUUUGAACGGAAAAAGUACAACAUUGGCAACAAUUCGAUUCGUUUUAUCGUAAGAUUUUGUUUUCGUGACCAAAAAAAUCAACAAAAAAGAUUUUCAGCGUCGCUCGUCAAUUUAUUUUCUGUGUUCGUGACGAUAGUGAAAAUAUCGCAAUGCAUGAAGCAGUUCGAACAAGAAACUUCAACAUUGUUAAACUUUUGGCGAACAGCGGAUCGAAAUUAAUGGAAUUGAAUAAGAAAAAACAAUCGCCAUUUGAUUUGGCGAUUUUGAGCAAAGACCUGCGAAUUAUUGAAUUUCUAUUGAAUCGAGGUGUCACUUAUCAUCAUUUAUUACGAAAAAUUCCAGUUACACCAAUCAGGUAAGCUAUUUUUUUAUUUUUUUUCAAAUUUAAUUAUUUAUUAAAAAUAUUUUCAGCGAAAUCGUUCAUUCAAAUCCUCCAAUUUGGCAAAUGAUCGAUAAAAAGAACAAAUCGUUGGAACGAGAUUUGCAGAGAUGUCGAAGAAAACUUUAUCGAGGGUAUAUAUUUUUUAUUUUUUAAUCUUGAAUUUCACAGAUUUUUACAGACGACUUCAAGAUAUUUGCGUAGUUUCGGAUAUUAUGAUUUCUCCACGACAUGAUGAUAAUGACAUCAAAUUUGAGGUGAGUUUCAUCUCAAGCGGUGUAUUUUACCACCAAAAUAUUUUUUCAGUUUGAAUAUAAUGCUUCAAGUCCGAAAAACGAUGAUCAAGGACAUUUCUUGAUUUUAUUACCGGUUUUCUAUAGUUAUACACAUAAUCGAUGGAUUGCAUCUCCAAAUACGAUGAAACUGAGAGAUCCUCCAGUUUUAAAUGAGAGAUGGUUGACGCAUGCGCAGAAUCGAAGGAAUCCAAAUAUUUUUUAUGCUGUGCCACUGUUAGGAAAAAAUGUUUUGGAGAUUCAUAUGUCCAAUACAAAUUGGUAAGAUUUUAUUUUUUUUGUUGUAGUUCAAAAAAAUCAAUCAAUAAUUUUAAGGGAUCGAGAAAUGGCAAUAACUGCACAUUUGGCUCGAUACGAAACUGUCAAAACUCCUCCGCCUACAGCUCCUUCAAAUCAACCAUCAACUAUUCCGCCACCACGUAAACCUUAUAAUGCACCAUCUUCCUCAUUCCAACCAAAUCGUCCAAAAACAUACAGUAAUUAUAACCAGAAAAAAUAUUAG